GCCGUGUGCAGGCCGUGGCUGUGGUGAGUCCUGCCCAUCCCCCCUGCUGUGUGUUCCCUCUGCGUCCCCGGCAGCAUGAGCCGGCUGUAAAGCACACCAGCUCUAUUAAUUAAUUCAUGGAGCCUAACUGCGGGGCUGGCUCCCUCCUGGUACCGGAGCCGUCCACAGUUGGCUGCAGUGGUGCCUGCGUGUGCCGGUGGAUUCUUGCAGAGCGGGUGUGGAAGAGGGGAAAAGAUAGAGAAGCGUGGCGGCGGAGAGCCGGGGAUGGGCGGAAGCCGUCAGCGCCGUAGCCACCAUUAAUCAGCCCGGGAGAGCGGUCCUGGCUCGCGUACGGCGCCAGUAGGGCAGGCAGACAGGGGGAGAGGGGGCAGGGUGGCCGCAGAAUGGCUGGGGAUGCGCCCGCGUGCCCUCGGCUGCUGCUGCAGGGCUGGGGAGCUGUGCUGCUCACUCAGUGCUUGUCCUCCGUCUCCGCUCAGGUCCCGGAUCCCGAGCUCUUGCCCACAGAUCCUCCGAAGAAGCCCGAUCCCGUCACGUCGGAGACCGUGGUUUUCUGGGGGCUGCGGUUAUGGCAGGUCAUCGGCAUCUUCUCCGUGUUCGUUUUAGCAAUUGUUAUUACUUUGUGUUGUAUAUUCAAAUGUCGGAUCCCGAGAACCAAAAAGGAAAUCGAGGCCCGACACGCGCAGAGACAGGCCGCCAAGAAAUACGCCAACACCUUAGAGACAGUGCCACCUCUGAAUGAGCUGACGGAGAUCCCCGGAUCGGUGAAACCAGAGGAGAAGGAGGAGGUGGCGACGGUCUCCGGGAAGGUGGACGGCGACAAGGGAGAGAAGAAGAGCAAAGAGGGCAAGAAAGAGGGCAAGGGUGCCAAAGACGGGAAAGGAGACGACAACGACGCCUCGGCGAAGAAGAAGGGCGAGAGGGGCGCGUCCAAGAAAGAGGACGGCGACGGGAAAGGGAAGAAAUCUGGAGAGAGGGGAGACAAGGAGAGAGACGAAAAGGGUGAGAGGGGAGGAAAAGGAGGCGCGAAAGCAGGAGCGAAGAAGGCUCAGAAGUGAACUCUGCCUUCCAUGGACACACAUUUUUCACCAUUUCAACAUUUUUGACUUUUUUUUAUCUAAGGCAAAAUUUGUAUUGUAUUUUAAAUAAACACAAAACUUCAGCGUAUGAAAUCAGCACUGGCAUUCAGUAUGAACACUGCAACAGUAGACGUACUGUACGGCAACGGUGUGAAUUUAUUGAGUUACUCACAAUUCACUUGAACACUGGAGACCAGGAAACAUCUUCCUAUUUUAUUCCAAGUUUACAUGGAUAUCUACAACGGCCCUGCAGCCUAUGAGGCCUUAGAAAACACGAAAGCAUCAACACCCAUGUCGAGGCCACUGAGUAUGUUGUGGCACAAGAUAAAUAAAAAAAAAGACAA